AUGUUAAUUCUGGUUGAAGUACUAUUCUGUUUACUUGUAUUUCAUUUGAAUUUUAAUCAAAUUAAUGGCCAAUGUGUAUCUCCAGUUUUUAUCAAUGGUAUACGCUAUACAUCUUGCUUAAAUGGUACACCCUGUUCAACUUCUCAUAUUUAUACUGGAAAUUUGCUACCUUGUGAAGAGAAGCCACUGAUUCCAUUCAAGAAGAAAUUACUAGUUAGAAUGAAACGUAUUCAUUUAGUUAUUUGUGAUUUGGAGACAAAUAAUUCAAUGCUGGCUAAAACAAUUAAACCGUAUUUGCGAGUUAAAUCAGAAUUAUGGUUACGUCAACUGCAUCCAGGUAUUGCUGAAGUUUUUAAUCCACCUAAUCAAAAUCCAUAUUACGUGGAAUGUUUUUACAUUAACAACAAAUCAAUCAAUUAUCAGAUCCCAAUUUAUUCAGUAUCAAAACGAAAUGAAAUCAUUAUUGAGUUUGAUACUAAUGAGAUUCUCUAUCCAGGUGAUUCUGUAAAGUGUCAGUACAAGUUAACGUCGAAUGGUCAGUAUGUAGCGUCAGAUGAUUCUAGCAAAUUAAUUAUCCUUGAGUCAAGCAUCUUCCCAGUAUAUCAAGCAUUCAAUAGACUUACAGAUUCAUUAUAUGCUGUAAAAGAAUUUCCUAUCGGUGGACGUUGGAAUGCAUAUUGUCAGUUGGGGAAAUGGAGAAGUGAAACAAAAAGUAUAAUUGUUAAAGGUUAUCCUCAACAACCUGAAUUUAUACCAAUUGAAAAUGAACCAAAAUUAUACAAAUGUUAUACACCCAAUGAAGACUAUUUAAUAAAUAAAACAAUUACUAUUGAAUUAAUUAAAGGGGAAGAGGAAAUCUUCUACAUUUCUGGGGCAUUAUUACAACUUAAUAUCGACAAUGAUAUACAAGGGGAAUUUAUCUAUCAGUGUACAAUUAGUACAGGAUUAUUUCAAACAACUAAAUACUGGAGAAUUGAUUAUUCUUAUUCUGAUUUAAUGAACACAUUGACCAUUGAACCAAAUUAUGAUAUCAUUCCAUUGGGUAGUUCAAAUGUCAAUUUUCAAUGUUCCAAUAGUAACAAUAUUAAUAAUAAUAGUAUUAAUAGUAACACUUCUACCAGCAUUCAAAACAAUCUUCAUUUAACGAUUAAUAUUUAUAAAUUACCAUUCUUAUAUAAUCCAACAGUUUUAAGUGAGAAGGAGUUGACCGUCGAGAGAAUUCAUUCAAAUCAGAUCAAAAUCAGCUUUUUCAGUAUUGGUCAGUAUGCUUUAUUAUGCACUGUGAAUAAGACAGAAUCAUUAUUAUACGCCUAUAGAAUGAUAAAAGUUGAAGAUUUAUACAGCAUUGAGGUAAACGAGAAAAAUUUAUUCUAUGCUAAAAAUAUGCAAUCAGCUGUAAUUCACUGUCAGUCUAGAAAUUUUAGUACACAUGGCGUGGACAUCAAAAUGAGCUAUAUGGAUGGUGAAGCAUAUCAAUUUACUAUGAAAAGCAAUUCUGCUGUUGGUGUUUGGCCAUUGAAUAAAAUUACACGAAUGCAAUGUUCAAUGACAAUCCAGUCUACAUUUCAUAUUUCUAAAAUAAUCUAUGGAAUUAUUGUUAAUGACAUUAAAUUAUCAAUUACACCAAAUGAAACUGAAUAUUACUUUGAAGUGAAUCAAUUAUGGAAGAUUGGUUGUCUAUUCAAUCCGAAAGAUGUUCACCAAGUUGUAGAUUAUACGCCUAUCUGGGAGAUCACAUCACAAGACAAGGAUCAAUCUCUUUCAUACAUUGUACAUAAUAAUUGGUUGAUUUCAAUGAGGGACAAUCAUAAUGCUACUAAUAAUACUAAUAAUAGUAUCACAAAACUAUCUGUGGGUAAAUAUACAGCAAAAUGUUUUGUAUUGAAUCAUGCAGAGAUUGCGCCAAAAUAUGUGAAUAUAACUGUUCUACCUAUGACAGAAUUAAAGAUUACGCCGAGUCGUAUGAUUGUUUGGUCAAAUGAAAUGAUGACUACAGUUUAUACAUGUACAGCUAGUCUAAAUAAUCAUCUACAUAAUUACAGUAGUAAUACUACUACUACUAAUACCCGGCUAAUUACGAAAACUACUCAGACAUGGAUGAAAUAUAUCAGUGGAACAAAACAAUUUCAACCAAUUCGAGGAAAGCUCAAAGGAAUAAAAGUCAAUACUUCAAAUCCUUGUACAAUUGGUUUAUACUGUUGCAUGCUGAAAACAUUAUCCGGUGUAAUAAAAAAGUGCUUUGUCAUCAAAACUAUUGCUUUUCCUGGAUUUAAAAUAUCUAAUAAAUUCACUUAUGGAUCAAUACACAACUAUAAUCAAUCAAUGAAAGUGGAAGUAUUACCCAUUUCAGUAUUUCAUCAAUAUCAAAUCAAAUGUACUUUUGUAAUAGGAAAGCGAAGAUUAUUUGCUCUGUAUAAUAGUAAUCAACUGAUUCAUAGAUAUAAAAGAGAAAAUGAUGAAUGUUCACAAUAUGUAUGUAUAUUUUUAUCGAAUGAUAUGUCUUUUGUCUCCGAUGCUGAACAGAUAUGUUCGUUUACAGGAGAUGAUCUUCUCGAAUUUGUUUAUGAAGAAAAUUCUCCGCAUAACAAUCGACUCUAUAAGCAUUGGAGUGGUUUAGUAAAAUGUCAAAUGAGAAAUGAAACACUUCGAAAUCUGAUACCUAUUGAUGACUAUCACAUAGAAUAUAUAUCUGGUAUUAAAUAUCCUAUCAUCAAAGAUACAAUUUAUAUAUACUCUGCUUUGACUAAAGAAUCUGAUAAUCUCUGGUUUUUUAAGUAUAUAUGUACACUGUCUGAUAGACACUCGAAGAUAAUUGUUGUGACUGAGAGAAGUCUUGUUGAUGAUCCAUAUUUAAUAUUACAUCCAAAUAUUAGAUAUAUAACGUAUAAUUUAUUUCCAAAGUGUAUUGAUAAUUAUGGCAAUUCUAUGGAAUUAUUACCAGAUCCUACAGAUUUACGUUCUCCAAUAUUUACAUGUGAUCACAAGCAUAAUUGUACAAUUUUCGGAAAACAUUUAGAUCAAUCUAAAUUCUUUUGUAAACAUACGCAAAGUGAUUUGAUGUUAAAUGUUGAGUUAACAUUGCUGACAAAUAUUACCCCGAUAUUUACUCCUCAAUACAAUGUUAUCUAUAAAGGAGAUCAACCCAUACUAAGGUGCAUUGCACCAGCUAUUGAAACAUUUACAAAUUAUACUUUUAUUAUUGAAUUAAAUAACUUCACUAUCUAUCCAAUCUAUUAUAAACAUCAUUAUGGUCUACGUAAUGAAGCACAUGUUCAUUUGCAUCGGCUGAAUAUACGAAGGCAAGAGAUUUGGAUAUUCACUUGUCGAUUGCUAGAUAAUACAACAAAUAUACAAAUAGGAUAUGCUCAGUUUAAAUCUAUUGUAUCGGUUCAUCCAAUGGUAUUACAACUCAAAGGUGAUACAAAAAUCACCUAUUUGACAACACCUACAAAGAUCACUUGUUCAUUGAAUGGAAGUAAUUCUUUUACUCCUCUAUUAUACUGGGAUAUCUUACAUGGUCCAAUGAAAUGUAUUCAUACUACUGGUAGACACUUAAAAAUCAUACCACAGAAUAAAUGUUAUGGUGUUAUACUCGCUAGAUGUUAUGCAUUCUAUGAAAAUAUAUUAAUAUCUUAUAUAGAAUAUAAAAAUAUUCUAUUACCUAUACAUCCCCGGAUAUCUUUGUCUGUUGAACCUAUGAGACGAUUUUUAUUCACUGGAGAAUCUAUCACUUUGAACGUGAUUUUACAACCACGUGAUCAACUAUCUGAUGAUUUAAUUUAUGCUAUCAUGAGUCAUGCUAAUAUUACUAUAUUACAUAAUGGUAAUAUGGUUUAUCAACAGAUAUACAUGGACGGUAAGAAUAGCAACACAGAGAAUAAUAGUAGUAUGACUACUGAAAUAAGUAGUAUAAAGCUAACUAUACCUUCAUCAGCCAGCAGAAAUCAAAUGGAUAAAAGUAUACAGAAAAUUGUUCUACACUUGGAAUUGUUUGAAUCUUCAUAUGUUGCAUCAACAGAGCAUGAAAUACGAAUUAUAGAUCGUCCAAAAAUGUUAUUUCCUACCAGUGGACAGUGUUCAAUCGGAAAACAAUUUUCACCAAAUACUUGGUCUACAGUGAGUUUAAUCGAUGGAUAUGAUGUCUCUGACAUUUUUUCUGAACAAAUUACAUGGCCAUAUAGUAUGGAACGCAGUAAAGGAACAUAUCAGUGUGUUCAUCAUUUCAAAGAAACUAAACUUCAUGCUAAGUUUAGUCGACAAAAUUCCGACGCUCCUCAUAUCAAGCUUAGCAUAAUACCUAAUAUACGAAGGAUAGAUACAAUUCAAUUACCAAAACUUCAGUGUAUCCUAGAUAACUGGAUGUAUUCAACAGUGAACAACAAUUACAGCAUUUAUUUUAUUCGUAUUAAAGAUACGCACAAAUUAUUCAAUAUUCAAGGGAAUCAAUUAAUUCCAAAGAAUUUGUCUACUAAUACAGAUACAAUAUUGUAUGAGUGUAUCCUUGAAAUCAAUGAGCAGGUGUACAGAGAAUCAUUAAAUCUUAUUUAUGAGUCUCCUCUUGAAAUACGACCAAAAGUCUACAUGGUACAACUUGAAACCAAUACAUCAGUCAUUUAUCAUUUAUAUGUUAGGAAUAAUGAAACAGUAAAACCUGUUAAUUGGUCAUAUACAAUCCUACAAGUAACACCUGAUCUUGACGUGUACAUUAAUCAAAUUGGUUUUGAUGGCCAACUAAUGAUUACACCAUUAUUUAGACAAUAUCGUAAACCAGGCAGAUUAAUGCUACAAGUAUGGAUCAAAAGUGCUUACAAGGAGGGAUUUAUUGAAACUGUACAAAAUGUACACUUUCGUGUAUUAGAGAAAAUAGCUUCAAUUUUGUCAGACAGAUUUAUGAAGAAUAAGAAGAGAAAGAAGGUGAAAACACCAUACACUGACAAUAUGCUAACAACAACCUUUGAUACCAUUGGAACAUUGAAUGGGAAUGAUGGUGAAGAUAUUGAAGUAUUUGCUGGCUCGGAUAAAACUUUCCGUUGUGGUUAUCUACCACCAUCAGAUUUUCCAGGUGUAUGGAGUGCUAAAAUUCUUAGUGGUCGAAGAGAUCUUGUAAAAUUUGAAACAAAUAAACAAGGCAAAAGAACAGAAGUAUUUAUUAAACCUCCAACAAAAUAUCCGGUUUAUAUAACUGGUGGAAAAAUUAUCAUUGAAUGUACUUUUACUGAUCCUGUUAGUGGUCAAAAAAUUUUUUCAUUCAAUAAAACUUUUUCUAUCUUAGAUAAUGCAAUUGGGACAUUGAAUGGACUUGAUGAUAAAGAAAUUAUCAUAUCAGUUGGUUCAAAUGAGACAUUCAGUUGUGGUAUGUUACCAUAUCAAAGUGAAGAUGCUAUAAAAGGCUAUUGGACAGCACGUAUAGUUGAUGGUGACAUUGAAGAUUUCAUAUAUUUGGAGAAAGUUUCAAAGCAUAUGCUAAUAAAGCCACCAGUUCGACAACCAUUCUAUAUGUUUAAUGGAUAUGCUAAGAUUGAAUGUAUUUAUAGGUAUACAAGUAAUAAACAGAUAGUUUUUGAAUUUAAUAAAACUAUAACAAUUACAGGUAGCAUUAAAGGUACCCUGAAUGGUAUUGAUGAUAAGGAUGUGAAAUUAAUCAUUGGUACAAAUAAAACGCUGAGAUGUGGUCUACUACCGGCUAGUUUUGAAUCACGUCUGGUAGCUAAAUGGACAGGAAAAAUUAUCAGUGGAUCAAAAGAUUUAGUUGCAGUCAAUAUACAGAAAAAUGGACAAACUUAUAUUCAACCGCUAGCUAAGCACGGAGUCUAUUUAAAAGAAGGCGAAUUUAUAUUUCAAUGCAUCCUACAACAUGCUAGAAAGAAGAAUUAUAACAUUUAUGAGUUUAAUCGGACUGUAACUAUUACAAGUUGUGAUUAUAAGGGAACAUUGAAUGGCAUAGAUGAUUCAUCACAUAUUCUUCUUCCUUUGGGAUCAAAUACACGAUUAAAUUGUUCUCUACUACCUGGAAGUGUUGAUACCCAAGUAAACGGUUACUGGAAUGGUUCUAUAACCGAUCGGUCGAAUAAAAUUCUUUCUUUAAGUCGUCAAAAUGGACAAGUAUUCAUUAAUCCACCAAAUGGUAGUAAAGUUUAUGAUAAUCAAGGCCAUGUUCGAUUAACUUGUUCCUUUAUAGCUAAAUCAAAUAAUUAUGUAAUUUUUAAAAUGAUUACUGAUAUCAGUGUAUCAUCUUGUAAUAUACGUGGAACAUUGAAUGGUAUUGAUGAUUCAAAUUUAGUUAUUCGAUAUGGUUCAAGUAGAACAUAUAAAUGUGGUAUACUACCAAAUAUUGAAGAGAAAUUCAAUGGUUAUUGGAUAGCUGAAAUAAUCAGUGGGUCAAAUGAUACUAUAUCCAUAGUGAGAGAAAAUAAUCAAACUUAUAUAAAACCACCAUUAUUCAGUAAUGCAUACACUGUUACAGGGACAAUACAACUGGAAUGUUCAUUGAGGAGUACAAGUCGUAAUCACAGCAUCUACAGUUUUAGAAAGUUUUUAACAGUUUAUAAAAUGCAUUAUGAAAAGUUGGAUAUAGAAUAUACAAAUGAAAUGACUGCCUACAUUGGUUCUAGUACAAAAUUUAAAUGUUAUUAUAAAUUAGACAAUUUUCUUAAAACUUAUUAUAAUGGCUAUUGGAUAGCUAAAAUAGUCGAUGGAGAUAAAGAUAUUAUCUCAGUGGUUGAGGAAGACAUUGAGGCGAAUGGGAAUACUGAUCGCCUGCAUAAUGAUCAGAUUAUUCAACCACCAUCUGGAAGUCGUAUAUAUACAAAAUCUGGUAAAGUGUUUAUCGAUUGUAAAUUUAUCGAUGCUAUUGAUAAUGGGAGAGUUGUUUUAUCCAGUGUUAAGACUAUCAGUAUUUUAAAAACUCAACUGAAAGGCACACUAAACGGUAUAGACAACAAAGAUGUGACUGUAAAGUUAGGCACAAGUAAAACAUUUCAAUGUGGUAUUUUAAUGAAUGAUCAAAAUAUUCAAGGUUAUUGGACAGGUUCUUUAGUGCAUGGACAAAUCGAUGCAGUAUCAUUAAUUCAUGAUAAUAAUAAUAAUAAUGAUAAGGUGAAAAUUAAACCAAGAAAAUGUAGUUCAGUCUAUGAUAUUAAAGGUAGUGUUGACGUGAAGUGUACAUUUGUGAAUAUGAAACAUGAUAUACAAUUUAUGUUUACAAAAACUAUACAUAUUGUUGAUGCUGGUUAUACUGGUUCGUUGAACGGUCUUACCGACUCUGAUGUUACUGUACCAGUCGGUUCCAGUGAUAUAAUUAAAUGUGGUAUAUUACCAAAUACUAAUACUAAUGAAUUCUUAACUAUUGGUUAUUGGUAUGCACGUGUUGUGAAUGCUUUAAUUCAACCAACAAAUAAUAGUGAUGUGUUUUAUGUUGAAGGUGUAGUAGAAAUUGAAUGUAUUCUUAAACGAUAUGAUAAUAAUCAGGUGAUAUUUGCUUUUAAUAAAACUUUCGAGGUGAAUGGCUGCAAUAUUACAGGUACACUGAAUGGCAUAGACAGUUAUACAGAUGUUUAUAUAUUCUGGUUAUCCAAGAACACUUUACAAUGCGGUUUCCUACCAACACAUCUUAAUACUCAACUAAAAGGUAAAUGGAAAGCAAAAAUAACCAAAGGUAAUAAAAACAUCUUAUCAAUUGAUUCAAAGACAAAAAUUUCUCCAAUCAUUGAUGCUGUCAUCGAAACAAAAAAAGAUGGAAAAUCCAGUGUUGAAGUGGAAUGUAGCUUUACUUACAAUAAUCGAUUGAUGUAUACAUUCAAGAAAAUGAUACAUGUAACAUAUGGUGAUUACGGUUCAUUAGAUGAUAAAACUACCGGUGACGUAGAUGUCCUUUACCUGUCCAAAGAUAAAAUUAAAUGCGGUUAUUUAUAUCCAGGCAUAGCCAAGCAGGCGAAUGCUUAUUGGUAUGGUAGAGCUAUUGACGGUAUAACAUCUGUAGUCAAAGUAACAAGAAAUGAAAACGAAACAUACUUUCUUCCACCACAUUCAAACGGCUUUUAUUAUUUAGGAUCGGUACGAGUUCAGUGUUAUUUAAUUCAGCGAAAACCUUGGAAAACACUAUUAAUCUAUUAUAGAUUCAUAAAUGUUAUACUUAAAGACAAUCCAGUUCUAUUGAAUGUAUACAAUAAAGAGGAUACGUAUUUUUAUACUGGUUCAUCUACACGAGGUAGUUGUGAUUUUCUUCCAGCUGAUGAAUUAUACACCGAUGAUACCUAUUGGAAGGUGGAUAUAAUCAACGGAGAUAGUGAUAUAAUUGCUAUUGAUGAUAAUAAUUAUACUAAACCCCGAUUUAGACCACCAUUUGAUAAAGCAGUUUAUGAGAAUGUGGGUCAUGUUGAAGUUCAGUGUACACUAUACAAUAAAACAAAUAAUACUUUGGUUCAUUCUGCUAUAAAAAAUAUUUAUAUUAUAGCUACCCAUAGAAAAGGUACACUGAAUGGUAUUGAUGAAUCAAACAUCACUGUAGAAGUCAACUCAAAUAAAAUAUUUGAAUGUGGAAUUCUACCUAAAGAGGAUAAUAAUUCAACACUACAACAAUAUUGGCGUGGUAGAAUAGUCACCAGCACUACUAAAGAUAUUGUACACUUAGAUAUGAGUACAGGGAAAGUGAUUAUUAGACCGCCAAAACAACAAGAUACCUACAGGAAAACAGGUCAAGUUGUGAUUGAAUGCCUUAUGAAGUAUACAUUAAAUGAAAUUGAAUUUGGAUUCAACAAAACAUUCAGUGUUAUCGAUAUGAAUAUAAAAGGAACUCUUAAUGGUAUUGAUGAAUUCAAUGUUACAACUUCAAUCGGUUCACACGAUACAUUUAAAUGUGGUGCUUUACCAACAAAUGCUGACCGUAAUUAUGAUGCUUAUUGGAUAGCAAAGGUGGUUGACGUUAAUAUUCAACCAAAAUAUGCUAGUUAUGGUUAUCAUGAAGCUGGUCACGUGACAAUUGAAUGCACAUUGAUAGAAAGAAGUAGCCAAAGAGUAAUUCUUUCAUUUACUAGAACUUUAGAGAUCAUUGCCUGUGGUAUGGAUGGAACACUCAAUGGAGUGAAUACACUAGAUCUGUAUUGGUCUGUUGGUACAAAUAAAACAGCAGAAUGUGGAUUAUUACCUAAUCGGUUAGUGAAACAGUUAAAUGGUUAUUGGGAGGUAGAAAUACUAACAGGUUUAAAUGAUUUAAUCAGUUUAAGCACUCACGAAAAUAGAACAAUUAUAACACCACCAAAAGAUCAUCAAGUAUAUUAUAACACUGGCAGAAUUGAAGUCAGAUGUAUCCUAAGGAAUUUUGAGGAUAAACGUAUAAUCUUUGAGUUUACAAAGAAGGUGACAAUAACUGGUGAUGAUACACCAAUUUUUAUGAAUAUGAAUGAAAAUGAAAGUUUUACUGUAUUUCUUAAUUCAAAAAGACCAAUAAUGUGUGGUGGAUUAAGUUUUGAAGAAUUAAAUGAGCUGAAAAUAUUUUGGGCAGUUAAUAUUACUGGUGGUAAACGUGAUAUCAUUGCGGUAAAUUUAACUCAUGAUAAUAAUCAAAUUAUUAUUCCACCAAAACGUGGUAAAGGAAGCUUUUCACUACCAGGUCAAAUACGUGUAUUAUGCAUUCUGCGAAAUUCACCUGAUGGAGAGUAUUUACAUUCACAUACAAAAAUUAUUAAUAUUACUGAAUAUAAUACAAAUGUAGAAAGUAUCUUCGUUUAUGAUGUCCAACAGUCAAAUAUAUCCGUACCGAUUGGAUCAAAUGAAGAGAUUCCAUGUGAUAGUUCUUUACGUUCAUCGGCUUCCACACCUCCUUCUUCAUUAUCAUCGUCAUUAGAGUUAUGUAGUCAACAUCGUGGUCGUCAAUUAAAACGACCCCUUGGUUAUCAAUGUUAUUAUUGGCGGGGGAAAAUAAUAAAUAAUUCAUCAAAUAUAGAAAAUAUUUUAUCAUUAGAUUUAUCUAAUGAUCGUGUAAUUAUUAAACCACCAAAAUGUUCACCAUUUUAUACAAUGAAAGGUUAUGCAACAAUUGAAUGUACUUUAAUCAAUCAAUUACAUGAAAUAAAAAUGAAAUUUAUAAAAACAGUACGUAUAACUGAUCCUAUCUUAAUUGGUACAUUGAAUGGUAUUAAUGAGUCAAAUAUAACUGUACUACUGAAUACAUCUAAAACAUAUCAAUGUGGUUUCUUGCCAAUUAAUUAUAUGAAAUCAGGAAUAUAUAAUGGCCAGUGGAAUGCUAAACUUUUAGACGGUGGAACACCUAAUCUAGUCUCUAUAACAAAAUGUCAUAAUCAACUAGAGAUUACACCACCGAGUGGAUUAUCAACUUAUUCAACUAUUGGUCAAGUACUGAUCGAAUGUAGUUUUACACUGAAUCAUAGUGAGAGUAAUCAGACUAUAUUUUCAUUUGUAAAGUCAUUCAGUGUAAUAACCCAUGAUAAGGCGGGAACAUUAAAUGGAUACGACAGUUCAAAUAUAAUUGUCUCAAUAGAUUCAAGUGAUAAAUUCCAAUGUGGUUUACUUUAUGGCAUUGAUGCAUGGCUUAAAGGUUAUUGGAAGGCGAAUAUCAUCAAUGGAUUAAAGAAUAUAGUUUCACUGAAUGUAAUAAAUGGUCAAGUAUUGAUUGAACCUCCACAUGGAAGUAAAUAUUACAAUGCAUACGGGGAAGUUACAAUUGAAUGCAUUUUUAUCAAUCAAGAUAAUGAUAAUAAAAUGUUCAGUUUUAUUAAAAACUUGACAAUUGAAAAUUAUGGGAUAGAAUUUUUCCCAAAGAAUCAAAUUAUAUACAUUGGGGAUAAAGAUGAGAUUACUUGUGCCAUAGUAACAAAACAAGGCUCUAUAAUCUAUGAAGAAGGAUCACUACAUGUGCAGUUAUUAUCUGGAGAUGAUUCACUCAUUGAAAUAGACAAUACUGAUAUACAUCCAGUAAUCAAACCACGGAAGAAAGUCCCUUCAGUCUAUGAUAAGUCAGGUGAAUUCCGCAUCCAGUGUAUCUUUACAAAUUAUAAAGGAUAUACACUGAGAAAGCAGCUGCGUGUUCAAAUCUCUGAAGCUGAACAUAAUAGCGAGGAAUAA